ACAUCCGGGUAUUUUCCCACCAUCGCAAGACGCCAUUUCCUGUGUAAAAUUUCGGAAAGCAAAAUGGGAAGGAAAAAGAAGAAGCAACUGAAGCCCUGGUGUUGGUAUUGCAACAGAGAGUUUGACGAUGAAAAGAUUCUCAUUCAGCAUCAGAAAGCAAAGCACUUCAAAUGUCAUAUAUGCCAUAAAAAAUUGUACACCGGUCCAGGCUUGUCUAUUCAUUGUAUGCAGGUUCACAAGGACAAAAUUGACAAGAUACCAAAUGCUUUACCAGGAAGAAAUAACGUUGAAAUUGAAAUAUAUGGCAUGGAAGGUAUUCCUGACGGAGACAUAAAGGACCAUGAGAAACAGAAGCAAGAACCUCCCAGUAAAAGGCUGAGAGAAGACGAUGAUGACAAUGACGACGAGGAAGACAGCAAUCAGGGAAAUAAUAAUCAGUUUAACAAUUACGGUAUGCCACCUCCCAUGGGCCCAGGAAUGCCUCCAUUUGGCAUGCCGCCUGGUAUGCCACCCAUGCCACCAGGGCCAAUGGGUCCGAUGGGGCCAAUGGGUCCUAUGGGACCUAUGGGACACAUGCCGCCUAUGGGUCCUAUGGGUCCAAUGGGGAUGCCUCCAGGAAUGCCACCCAUGCCCCCUAGAAACUUCAUGCCAGGUAACGGACCACCACCACCCAUGCACCCUCCCAUGUCAUCGUCAGCUCCACCAAAGCCAUUGUUUCCUUCUGCAGCUCAGUCAUCUGUAGCAAACACAUCAGGACAAUCCUACAAGUCGUCGACAAUAAACAGCCAAGCCAAGCCAACAUUCCCCUCAGCAGCAGCUUCAGCUACAAACACCAGCUCUUCCUCCCCCUCCCGGGCCACAAUCACUGGCGCACCACAAAUCAAGAAACCAGAGUCUAGCUCAGGUUUGACCUCUAAACUCAUGCACCCUGAUGAAGAUAUCUCCCUGGAGGAGAGAAGAGCCACACUUCCCAAAUACAAACAAAUGUUGUCAGGAGGAGGGGGCGGAGGAGCAGGAGGAGGAGGAGCAGGAAGUAUGAGGGGAGGAUCCUCUACUGCUAUGGGAGGCAUGAAUGACAACAACCAAUGGGGAGGAUUUAGGCCACAGAUGCAGCAAGGAAAUCACUACUGAGAUUGCCUUCAUUGUCACUUCUGAUAUCAUCCCAUCAUCACUGUGUCUGUCAAAACUGUCCUGCUGGCAUCGGUUCAGUUAAGUGAAUAAGAAGUCAUUGUGUGGACAGGAAUGCAUGAUUUCAUCACAUCCAUGUCUGAAGUUUAAUUGUGAGAUGUUUUUCUCUUUUAAAAAAUAUUUUGUAGAUAAAGAGCCCUUUGGGUGUAUGGCUGGUCUUGUUUGCUUAGUAAAAGGUAAGACUUAGCCAGACUAAAAACUGUUGAAAAUUUUAAAUAAUACUGAAGGAUCAUAGAACACAAUGGGGUCGACAAGACACUGGUAAGUGUUAUGAUCAGUAUGUUAAUGUAUGAUAAUGGUUUCUUUUUAUUCUUAAUUCAGUUGUAUAAAUUGUGAAUUAUUGAUUUCUAUAUGUUGUCCAUUGAACCAAAACAUAAAGAAUUGUAAUUUUUAUCAAUAAAAGUAUCAAGUCGUUGUAUAUUAGAUAACAUUGAUGAAUUUCUUUUUUUGUUUCUUGGUUAUUUUCUUUUCUGUGUCUUUAUAAAAUCAGGGUUCUAUAUGAUAUUGAUCUGUUUGUGGUUGAAAAACUUUUAUUGAAUUACUUGCAUUGUGAAAAUCAUUGACCUCUCGUAGUACUUUAAAACUUGAAUUGAUUAGUAAUGAUAAUGAACCUUGCAGAGCCGAGAAGAAUGUAGCAAUCAGAGAUUUAGCAGAAUUGUAAACAAAACUGUAUUAAUGAAGUUAGUUGAACUUUUCUGAUAUAUUUUGUCUAAACAUAAACUGGGUGAUGGAAGCCAUCUUAUCUAAAUAAAAUUAUGUUGAUGUAAGCAGCUGAAUACAGACUAAAUUGGCAUUAUGUUUAAUGAAAGCAAAUGAGUGUAAAAACAUCACAAUUAAAUGGGAAUGUUACCUGUAGAAAAGGCUUAGUUGAGCUGACUCCACAUGGUGUACCAGAAAACAAGGCAAGUGAUGUACUACUUGAGAUAAAGAGCCUAUAAAGCAUUCACACAGAACAAUAUCAAUGUUGCACAGCGUUUGACCUAGAUUCCACCAAGUUCUGCAGGCAAGUGAACAAUGUCACAGUGUAAGAGGUUAUCUUCACUGUUGGGCAAUCUGGCCCCCAACUGAAGUUGGCGAUGUUUCUUAUUUACUUUUUGUUACAAGUCCUAUUCCGCUAGGCCAUUUUCGGAGCGUACAGUGAUCAAGGCAAGUUGUCACAGCAAGUAUCCUUGUUGUUGGGCCAAGUUGCCCCCAACUUAAUGUUGGUGACUAACAUUAUCAUGUAAUUUUGUUAGAAUACUCUGGACACAGCUAUUGAGAUCAGUAUUGACCGUUGAAGAUUGGAGCAAAUUUGUUAAAAGAAUGAGAUAUAUUGAAUGAACUUGUUUAUACUGGUUAUGAUCAGUUGCUGAGGGGGAGAAUGUGUCCAGAGUAAAUGUUUGUGCCUGGAAGCUAUCCGACUUAUGUCAUGGAGAAUAUUGAAUCAAGGCAAGUGGUCACAGCAAUAGAUAGUAAGAUAUGCUGUUGGGUCUAAGUACCCCCAACAUAACCUGUUGGUGACUGAUCUGACAUAUCAUCCACAUUUGUUUCACUAGAUUAGAUACAUGCUAGUGGUCACAGCAAGUCAAGCUGUUGGGCUGAGGCCCCCAACAUUAUGUUGGUGACUGCCAUGAUUUCAUCAGAUUUAUUACCUUGUGUUGUUUAAUGGUCACAGCAAGUAGGCUUGCUGUUGGGUUUUGUGCCCCCAACAUUGUUGGCGACUAGAAUUAUGACAAAUGGGUUUUCAUUUCACUGUUGCAUGGUUUCAAUCAUUAGAUGUGUGCUUAAGUUGAAUAUUUUGAAACUCCAGUUUGUCAGGCAAUUUGGUAUCUAUGUAUUUAACUCUGCUCUACAUAUAGGAUAGACAUUGAUAAAGAUGAUAUCAAAAACCAUCUCUGAAUCAAAUGUUAGAUAGAUUAUAUUUGAUUUCUAAUUGUAAUAAGCCUUUUGUUAUACCAAGUGAUGUGUUUAUUUUUAGUUAAACCAGGCAUUUCAUCAGGUAUUUCAUCAACUGUCAAACAAACUUAUUUUGUAAAUGAAAAGUUUCAAUUACAGUAGAUUUUGUAGAAAGAUUUGAGUAUUGGAGUACAAAGCUGAGUUCUGCAAUACCUUGCUUGUGCAUUGCUGUAUGAUAAUGUCAUUAUUUUCUCUGUGCAGCCAAGAAGCAGACAAGCUCUAGGGUGUUAAUCUGGACUGGUGAGCUCUUCACCGGUAGGUACACCAUAGACAUACAACUAGUACUUAUAUAGAAAGAUGUUUUACACACGCCAAUUUGUCUUCAUAACUAGGAUUGAAAAUUUCAUAUUGAAUGUACAGGGAAACAUUUAAUUAGGAUAUCUGUCAUGGUUUGGAACUAUUUCAAAGGGAAAUGAUUGUGUAGGGGAAUAUCCAAAUACAAAUUAGUAACUACAAUGUGUAUAGAGAAAAAAACAGAUAUUAAUGAGGUUUCAUCAUAUUUGUGAUAUUACAAAACAUGCUGAUUUGACAAAAAUAAUACCCAUACAUCAUGUUGCAACACAACAAGUAAUAUCUUGUAUCGUAAUCCAGAUUUUGUGUCUAGAUAUUGAUACACAUUAAGGUAGUUAGAGAAGAUGUAAGCUGUUGAUGCAAAAUGUUGGUUUUCUGAUUUUGGCAAUUCUGUAAUAUUUUAUGACACGAUUAGUUGGCAAUGUGUCCCAUUUAUUGUUUUUUUCUUUUCCUAUUGCACCUUGUUCUGUUUUGAUUCCAUAUGGUACAAAGUGAGGAAGAAGGCAUAAGAUAUAUACAGAAAACCUAAAUAGCUUAUUUUACCUGCCACAAAUAUUAAUUUUUCUAUUGAGAAUCUUAACUUCAUCUCAACACAGUGACGGUGUGCCAAUUUUGUCCAGAUUCAUUCCAUAAUUGGAGCACUGAUCAUCUCCAAUCGGUCAAGAUUAGAAGGUAAGGGCUCCACGACUACAGUUGUAUAUAGGUGUAUAUAGUCAACAAAUGUACACAUUUUCAUGAUAUCAUUUUAUUAUGUUCUUACAAUAUAAUCUUAGCCAUAGAAGAUUUGAAUAUAAUGAAACUGAACUGUUGCAUCAUUUGGAGAGGACACUGGUUUAAGUGUUGUUCAAGAUCUGGGGAAUGUUCACAAGACGGAAAAAGACAACAAGUGUGUUUGGAGGAGAGUCCUCUGAAAGUCGGGGCCUUGUGUGCUGUGGGAGGUUUUUGUUUUCUUGUAGAUGCAAUAUUGACUUUUGAACAAGGAGAAAGUGCAUUUUGCUUAUUUUUUU